GUUUUCGCUCGUUCACUUGCAGACUUGAUCAAAUGGCUUGCAAGCUACAAAACAAAGGAGCUACCCCCGUAACUGAGGCAAAUUUACACCAAAUUCCUCACACCCUACAAUCCUGAAGAUCAUUGGUGUUUCUGGCAAUGCAUUAGUCUUUCUCUAUAUAGAUGUUGCAAAUUUCAAUCAUUAAUAUCUCCUUUAACAAAAUUGAACAAUAAAAUGCACGAUUUGUUCAUCAAAUUCUAAUUUGUAAAUAAUGCUGUCCUGUUUGCAUUUUGUUAAUUGUUUUUUUAUGGUCGUGCACUUACUAUACUAUAAGUUUUCAGCUUUAUACCAAGUUCUGAAGUUAUUCUCGGUUUAUUACUGCAUUUGAUAAGUGAUUCUACUAAUCCUAUAGAUCAGGGGCGGGCAACCCCUGGCAUGCGAGCGAGGCCUCAGAAACGAGAUCAUUCUACUUCAGAUAAAAAGUUUCGAGGCUCUGAUUUAACUGACGAAACUCGGUGUUUGUUUAUUCAUUAUCGUUUGUUAACAAUCUGUUAUUCAUUUAAAAUUUUAAACUAUUUUUGUCUUUUCAUGACAUAUGGCUACAAAGAAAUAUAUUAUGACAUAACAACUGAGUUAGCACUUGAUGAAUUGUGACGAGACACAGCAUUCAUUGUGGGGCGGGGUUCAUCGUUAAGUAAUAUAUAGUUCGACUGUGCCACCAUUUUCUUCAUUACUGAUUGAUUUAUGAAGUUGUACAGCUCAUGUUGGUUAGAGUUACUUGCUAACUUACUGAAAUAAAUUGUAAUUUCCCCAAUAGUGAAUCUGUCUAUAGCUUACAUGUUUAAAAGGUUUAUUAUUGUGUAUUUUUGUUUUAAAAGUAACAAAGCAUUGUUUUUAAUUUUGGUCGGCACGCGGAAGAAUUUUGCCGUUAAAUUUAGCCGAUUUGGGCACGCGAGCAAAAAAUGGUUGCCCACCCCCGCUAUAGAUUAUAAAAAUAUGUCUAUUUAUGAUUAUGAUUUUGGUAACAUCAGACAACUAUUUUGCACCGGUUUAUCUCUUGUAUCUAUGAUCAGUAUACAUGUUAUAUUAAUACAGUUGUCUUCCUAGCUAACAUUAUUAUGAGUGGUACAAGAAGCCCGUACUUCACUCGGUUUCGAGUAUUGACUGUACCUGCAAAUUCUGCCACUGCAAAUGUAACUCCAAAAAGCAAUGGAAUUUCUCAAGCCAAGAAAAUGAAAAAAGACAGUUCUUCUGAUACUGACCAAGUUCAAACUAAACGAAAAAUAAAAAAAGAAACAAAAAUCGAGAUCAAACAAGAAGUUAUCGAAUCCUUUAAUGACGAAUUUCCUAAACCUGGUAUCAAAUGGGAACCAAAUAAUUGGAUGUUGUUAUUGAACAAUAUUAGAAAAAUGAGAGAAGAUAAAAACGCACCUAUCGACACAAUGGGAUGUGAAAAAUGCAAAGGAGAGAACUAUUCAGAAAAGGAUAAAAGGUUUCAUCUUCUCGUAUCAUUGAUGUUGUCAAGCCAAACUAAAGAUCAUGUGACGCAUGCUGCAAUGCUGAGAUUAAUAGAUCAUGGUUUAUCUGUUGAAUCUGUUUUAAAAAUACAAGAUUCUAAACUUGGUGAUCUUAUAUAUCCAGUAGGAUUCUGGAAGAAGAAAAUAUCUUACCUGAAAAGAACUGCAGAAGUAUUGAAAAAAGAACAUGAUUGUGACAUUCCCAACUCAGUAGAAGACUUAGUUAAAUUGCCAGGAGUUGGACCGAAGAUGGCUUAUCUUACAAUGACGUGUGCAUGGAAUAAAGUGGUUGGGAUAGGUGUUGAUGUUCAUGUUCAUCGUAUUGCUAACAGACUCAAGUGGGUUCGUAAACAAACUUCAGAACCAGAAAAAACUAGAAAAGAAUUGGAGGAUUGGCUUCCACAGUCAUACUGGAGAGAAGUGAAUUGGUUACUUGUUGGUUUUGGUCAACAAAUUUGUCUUCCAAUCAACCCUAGAUGUUCAGAUUGUCUCAACAAAGAUAUUUGUCCAUCUUCUUCGGCAAAGUCGAGAAAGUUAAAAAGAGAGCAUUUAUGAACUAUAAAUAAAUGCGUAUAUCUUCGCCUUUUCCUUUUUAUCGGUCAUAUUUCACAUUAUUGUUUCUUUUUUGCCAAAUUUUCAAUUUUCUCACACAACAUUUCCACUGACCUAACAGGCCAUAUUUGAACUUUGCACUGUUUUCUUUGUUUCUGAAAAUUAUCUGUUGCUGAUAUACUACCGUCAAUG